AGCCGCGGUAUUACUAUACAGUAAUAGGUGGGGCUUCUUGCUAAGAAGGGGAACGAGGUCCGACUUGGCGGUUCGAGGCGUUGCUGGUCCGAACACCUACUCCAGCCGCGCAACAGCGUGCGCUGCGGGCAGGACGGAAAAUGAGUCUACAAUCUGUACACAAAGCGCUUCAAUCCAGUGUGAACGAAGUGCUUGAUAAAGUAGACGAUUCUACAUUAGGACCAGAAGAUUGCUUUGAAGUGGAAAGCGAAGUAAGUGACAUUGUGCACAGAUGGCGACAAUUUGGGGAGCACUACGCAUCGCCAGGCAAAGCUUGAAGAGAUAAGGCUGGAUCGGGUUCUGUCCCCAGAGAAUGCCUCACCAAGACUGUUCAUAGAGGAGCGUAGGUAGAUUCCUGAGGCAGAAGGCUACGAAUGGCAGGAACACGGCCAGCCGUCGUGGAGGCAGGUAGUGAAGCUGUGGUCAUAAAGCAGAG